AAGUCUAAAACUGGAGUUCAGUCUCACUCAUCAUCAAAACAUGAGAGAACUGACACCACUCUGCUGGCAGCUCUUGCUGUUGAGUACACUGGUAUACUGUAGCCUCGGACAAGGUGGAGCCUCUCUGAGCAUCAGUCCUGACAGAUCUCAGUUUUUAAAAUUUGAGUCUGUCUCUCUGAGCUGUGAGGUUCAGGGUAACUCUGCUGGAUGGAGAGUGGUGAGGAACACAACGAGAGGAAUCCUUUCAGAGUGUGAUACUGACUGGGGAAAACAACAAGGGUCUUCAUGCAAUGUGUUUCCAAUACCAUCAGACAGUGGAGUGUACUGGUGUGAGUCUGGGUCUGGAGAACACAGCAAUGCUGUCAACAUCACAGUACCUGCUGGAGGUGUGAUCCUGGAGAGCCCUGCCCUUCCUGUGACUGGGGGAGAUUCUGUGACUCUGCGCUGCAGAUAUCAGGGAACUCCCUCUGACCUCACAGCUGAUUUCUACAAAGAUGGAUCCCUCAUCAGGACUGAGACUACAGGAGAGAUGACCAUCCCUGCAGUAUCCAAGUCAGAUGAAGGACUCUACAAGUGUACCAACUCUGAAGGAGAAUCACCAGAGAGCUGGAUGACAGUGACAGUUCUCUCUCUUACAGCCUCUCUGAGUGUCAGUCCUGACAGAUCUCAGUUCUUUGAAUAUGAGUCUGUCUCUCUGAGCUGUGAGGUUCAGGGGAACUCUGCUGGAUGGAGACUGAAGAGACACACCGUCUCUGGGGAGCGUUCAGAUUGUGGAAGAAACUGGGGAAAACCAGAAGGGUCUUCAUGCAUCGUGUCACUAAUGCCAUCAGACAGUGGAGUGUACUGGUGUGAGUCUGGGUCUGGAGAACACAGCAAUGCUGUCAACAUCACAGUACCUGCUGGAGCUGUGAUCCUGGAGAGCCCUGCCCUUCCUGUGACUGGGGGAGAUUCUGUGACUCUGCGCUGCAGAAAUCGGGGAACUCCCUCUAACCUCACAGCUGAUUUCUACAAAGAUGGAUCCCUCAUCAGGAAUGAGACUACAGGAGAGAUGACCAUCCCUGCAGUAUCCAAGUCAGAUGAAGGACUCUACAAGUGUACCAACUCUGAAGGAGAAUCACCAGAGAGCUGGAUGACUGUGACAGCUGCAGUUCCAUCUCCAGCAGUCCUAGGGUCGUCCAUGUUUCUACCCAGGCUGCUGUGUAGUCUACUGGUGGGGUCUCCCUACCUGCUGGUGACCAUCAUACUGCUGGUGAAAGGCUGCAAGAGCAGGACUCAAGGUGAUCAUGUUGAAGAAGAGUGAGGCUGAGAUCACCUGAUCACCAUAACAACCAUCAGAAUGGAACUCAUGGAAUUCUAAUAUAGAACUGUGAGUCACAAUGCUGUAUGUUGUUACAUUGUAGCUCCACCUGCUGGAACAAUAGUGGCAUUUGAUCAAAUGUGAUCUAUUAACUGAUACAUGUAUUAUUCUGAUUGGAAUGUGUUUUAAUAUAAUGUGUGGUGUAUUAUUCAUUCAGCAGCUUUAACAGCAGUCAUAUACUGGUCAUAUACUCUAUAGCAUUAUGGUUGAUACAUUGUAAAUGCCAUAACUUUUCAUGUCUAUACAGAUCAACUGAUAGGUGUUGUGGUUCAGGCAUUAUUGUUACAGGUUCAGUAUAAUGUUAUAACGUUACAUGUUACAGAGAUAGAAAACAUACAGGAGAGGAGAAUUCAAAUAUUAUAAUUAUUUUCUUUAUUUUCCCAUUUUGGUCUCAUUAUGUUAUUUUGUUUAAACAUAACUAAUUUAGGCCUUUUGUUUUAUUGUGGUUGUUGUGCAAAACCAUUAUUUUUCUAUGAAUCAUCCUGGUAAGAUAUUGCUUUUGUCUUUGUAGCAUAUAGAA